AUGAAACCAGCGUCAAUGGACGCGACCAAGUUCGGCUAUAUGAACAAGCUCGAUUGUAAACCCGUGGGACAGGUACAGAGGUCUCACAGCGGGUUCUUAGUUAUCCAGUUUGAACACAAGUAUGGAUAUGUGGCAGACGACCAGAAUAUCAGGACAGAGUCAUGCUCCGGCGAUUACCCCACCAACGAUUUAGCGAAUGUGACGGGUACCCCGCUGCAGUAUGUGGGGAUAGGUUACAAUCUCCUGACGGGGAAUCCUGAACUCAGCCCUGAUACUGGGAUGCUGCUGGACAGAAGAAUUCUCGAGCUGACAGGAAGCCGAAGUAAUGUCAGAGAGGCGAGUUACUACACCACUUCCUCCUGCAACAGAAGUGAGGCCACGUUUCUCGUGCAUGGGGGUAAAUCCCUUCAAAACGAGAGGUUGACACGUGUACAUUUUUCCGAUAAAAAAAAAGAAACAGGACGUGUGUACACGUGUUUACCUUUUAUUUCAGAAAGUCAUCCGUCUUCUGUUCAAAGCAAUGCGUUGGUGGGAAAUAUAGACUUCAACUCGAGAGCCAGAUUGCUUUCUGACGGAUCUCAAGUUUACAUUGAUAGAACCACAACAUGCAAACUAGGGAGCGUAGGUUACCAGGGUUACGGCUUGACAACGGAAGGAAACUAUACAGUUUCCCGCAAUUUUGCCACUGAUGUGUGUCGACUACCAAUUGUGUUUGACCCGAAAAAUGGCGCAAAGUAUAUGGACUUUCUGGAUAACUGGGGCACUAGUGUUAUCAUGUCUGCCGACGUCGGGACGAAGACGCUGGAACGGUAUAGCCAGAGUCUUACAAGCCUGACGAAGGAAAUACUAGCGACGGACCCAUCCCUGGUGACCCAUUCCGGUCCUUUCAUGGGAUACACAUCCUCGGUCACAGUCGAUGAAAAUCGCUACUUGAGCAGCAGCAUAGCACGCCAACAUCACACAUCAAGUAGGACUGACGGCACGUUGUCAUCCCCUGUAGUCACGCGAAUUGACGUCAUUUCAAUUGCUGACGUCAUCAGCAAGGCGUACUUUGGGCCGAUUUUGGCUGAGCUGACAGCGGAAGGAAUUUGUGCAGACACGAUCUACGGCACCAUGUUGACCACGAUAGCCGACAACGUGCAUCGGGCACUUGAGCAGUACCCUAUGGUCAAGGAGUCGACAGGACAAAAUCCGCUGCCCUCUAUCGUCGACCACCCCUUGCAAAUACCGGUCACGUGGCCUUUAGGUAACUACGGUCUUAUGGAGACGUCCGCGGGAUGUCCGGGCGCCAGGGUGCUAUGGUCCAUAGGCUGGAGACACUACGACACGGAAGAUAGCGGGCCAAGCAACAGAUUCAGCUUCAGUAUUUCAAAUUAUCUAUCAGGUAGUUUCGCCGACAACAACAUACGAACAGACUUUUGCAUUAAGACUAUUUCAUCAACAACAACAUACGAUGGAUUGUGGCCAAGGGGGUCAUACUGCCUGCUCAAAUACAGAAACUGCCCAAAUGGGUUUUCUGAAGGAUCCAUAUAUUGGGAUGAUGAGGAUAGCAGUAACGCGAACGAUAAGGGCGGGACCCUACCAGAUGGUUCAUAUAACAGCAACACCAAGAUAUAUUACUGUUGUAGGCACGACGGUCAAUCAAAUGCGGCUAUGAUUCUGCCUACGGACCGUCCGUUCGUACUUAUGCGUUACGGAGGGAGAUGUCAGGCGGUGUACGGGAUGAUUGUCAGCGACCUGUUCAUCCGUUGGGACGAUGACGACGGUAGUAACGCUGACUCUGCCAGCGGGAUGCACCCUGACGAUACGGAAAACGGCGAAAACCACGAGCUACACUUUUGUUAUUAUCAGUUGUCAGCGCAUGGUGGCAUUAUAGGGUAGUGCCUGUUGACUGGGACCGUAUUCAUGAAGCUCCCUUGUAAAAAUGUACAACUUAGUGAAAACUGUAAUUAUGAAUAUCUAAAAAGUAUGCUUAU